AUGGCUUCCAAGCAGCGCCCAUCUGUCCUUGUGACAGAUGCAAGGGAGCGCCCACCUCAGAGGAGGGCUCUUCAGCGUCAGGAUACCGCUUCAGGCCCUCCCGGACCCCCCGCGCCGAUGCGAUUCAUGACCGUCGACAAUGUCCUCCAGUACAAUUCCCAGAUCCCAUCAGGCCAACCUCGCGGUCCGCCAGCGCCCCUCCCCCGAGGCCCAGGAGGAAGCCCCCUCAGCAAUCGCCGAGUCGUAUCAGGAGGUCUUCCGAACGUGCAGUCCCGUACCGGUCAGCCGAUGCCUUCAAGAACUACAAAGAUCAGCGAGAAGCUGGUACUCUUGCCCGAAACGGACGAAAAGGAUGAUGACGUCGAUGAAGAGAUUGAGAGUGAGGCGAUCCUCGCGAGGCGCCUACAGGAUCAAGAGAAUCGACCAUUGAAGGAUGAGGAGCUUGAUGUGCUUCGAAAGAGAGGCGGUAUCCGCGGGAAGAGCUACGCCGAGAGGUUGCCAAAGAUGCAGAGGACGGACAGGGUUAGCAGAGUGACGGCCUACUGCACCGCGCAGGCAUACAAGAUUAAGCCGACCGCCGAGUUCCUGCGGAAGAAGCAUGAAGCCAAGACCAAGCUGUACGAUGACUGCCUGUAUGUCAUCUACGCUCUGCCGCUUCUCAAUGGAACCGAUGGAUAUCGCGUCCGGAGUCGACCUAUCCUCAAGACCCCUGGGACGGGCAAGACGGUUCUGGACCUUGAGAUUGAGCGCAGCGAGCAGAGAGAUCACCACGAGGGCUACUUCGAGGACGACGCUUAUACAGGAGCCAGCCCUGAUCGUGGCCAUUCGAUGCCCUCUCACUUCAGCGAUCGCCCGGUCACCCCCGAGGAGCACGGCAAUCCGUUCCGUCACGAUGAUGACGAUUCGGCAAUGAACCGUCUUGCGCCUGACGCCAAGAAUUUUGCAGAGAUGUUUGUGUACUCUUACGGUGUCGUGGUCUUUUGGAACUUUACCGAGCAUCAAGAGAAGGACAUCCUCGCCGACCUCACCUUUGCCGAUGCCGACGCCAUUGAGAACGGCACCAGCAGCCUGCUCACCCGGCCGCUUGAUCAGGAUGACUUUGAGACGGAAGAGUUCCACUUCGAGUACAGCGCCGAUAUCAAGCGCCCGCGUGUCUUUAACGAUAUGAUCACUCUGCUGCCGCGCUCCGACCAUAUGAUCAAGCUUACCAUUAGCCAUGCCAUCGCGCAGAGCACCCGCCUGUGCUUCUUUGAGGAGCGCAUGAGCGAGACGAUGCUGGAUGCGCAGCAUGUACCCAAGACGCUGGCUCUCACGGGAGAGUUGAACAUGACGCGCGCCGAGAUUAUACGCAUGGUCGGUCGUCUCUUCAAGAGCCGUGUCGACAUCAACCUUUCAUCUAAUAUCCUCGACGUCCCCAACUUCUUCUGGGAGUCUGAGCCGACCCUUCACCCUCUUUACGCAGCUAUCCGUGAGUAUCUCGAGAUCGACCCGCGAAUCAAGGUCCUCAACGAGCGAUGCCGCGUCUUCCUUGAUCUCGCCGAGAUCCUGUCCGACUCGAUUGCCACCGCAAAGAUGAGCUACAUCACCUGGAUCAUCAUCGUCCUCAUUGUCAUCAGUAUCAUGGUCACCGUCACAGAGGUCGCAAUCCGCUUUGGUAUGCUCCACAAGGCCAAGGGUCCCGUUGCGAACCCAGCCCUCGCCAUGCCCGUCCUCGGCGAGGGUAUGUCAGGAAGCAUCCCGCUGCCGCCGAGUGAUUUAGAGAUUCUGGCGCAGACUUUGGGUUUGCAGGCGAAUGCGUCAUUUGAUGAAGUUCGGCAGGGUAUUUGGGCUCUGCGGGAGGAGAGCCUCCUUGAUACGCCACAGCGGCAUGAGGAUAUCUAA